AUGAAGAAAGAAGAAGAAGAAGAAGAAGAAGAAGAAGAAGAAAAAAAAAAGAAGAAGAAAAAGAAGAAGCAGAAGAAGAAGAAGAAGAAGAAGAAGAAGAAGAAGAAGAAGUAGUAGAAGUAGACGACGACGACAACGACAAUGUCAAAGACGACGGGAUGACAUAAUCGGGCAAAACACGUCGGAUAUUUUUAUGACAAUUAAUGCGUCAGGACACAUCAACUACCAGCAUAUUUUCGCCCACAGUAUUUGAGUGGCUCCGGUUCAGAAUUCCUUCGUCAGUUUUUCAAAGGAUUUCCUGGACAUACCAAUAGCAUAAGGCUCGGUUGGCCAACACUUCAGACUUCCUUGCCUAGUUUUUUGUUUAAAUUUUUCGUCAGAAUUGUCAGGGUUUCUGUUAAUCGUGAAGCGUUGUUGUAGAAAAAGUGCCUUGGCCAUUUGUCUCUCAUUGCGGUGCAAUUUUGUUUUUAUGUAACUGUUAUGUUUUUUGCGCAUUGGAGUAGCUGCCGUUUUCUUACUCCCCUGUCGUCCUUUCCGCAAAUCAACACGCCUAGACGCGUUAACAGUGAGGGGGGCUUCUACAGUCUCCGUCGUAAACAUAAUGUCUGGCAAAAUGAAGUUCAAGUAUGGCGGAAAUUUAUCUAUUCUGUUCUAACUGAUAAUUUUUGUCAUUAACAUAAUACAUCCACAAGUGGGUUCUAUGAUAGCCAAAAGACAGCUGUGUUUGUGAUAGAGUGGAUGUUUACUAAGAAAAGGAAAAAUUACAAUUAGCAUGCAUUGGCACUGAGCUUAGCCAAUCACAGAAUCCUUUGUCAGACUCAGUUUAGGAAUUAAUUGUUUUGCACAACCAUAAUCUUAAGAUGAACCAGAGCCCAGUCUCGAAAAUUUACACAAUGACGCUUACUGUUUCUCAAAGUAUUCCAUCUCCCUAACUAGAUUUCUUGGGAUGCCCGUUCUUCAAUACCUUAAACUGUGUAGUCGUAAAGCUGUUACUCGGUACCUCUCCGGAAUCUAUUGAUCCCCCUAGCUGAUGGAUAGGCAAACAGAAUAAGCAAACUUGGCUCACUGCCCUCAGCAGCCUAAUCCGAAACGGCCGUUCAGAAACAACCCUUGACAUGCUUAUCCUCCAAGUUGUCACUGGCCAACUCGUGAUACAACACAUUUGGAAGGGAGAUUCUUGCAAUCUACCUCCCCAUGAAGUACUUCUGACACCUACUAGACGGCAGGAAUUUCACUGUGCUCACCGAUCACAGGUCCAAUUUCUUCGUUCUCAAAUGGACUUUCGAGAGAUGCGCUAAGCUGAAAGGUAUCUCUUAAAUCACCUUAGACAUCGCUCACAUCUAUGAAUCAUGGAAUGAGGUGACUGACCUACUGUUUACGUCCUUGAUCACUCAUCUCCGGUUUUCUAUCGGAGAUGGCUGCUGAACAGCGCUGUAUUGAUUCUUUCUGUGACAAGUAUGUUUCCGGAAUCCAACUCCGGGACUUCUCACUGAUAACUGACGAAAGUGCCGUUCUCUGUAACGUCUCCAUCCUCUCCACCAUGCAUUUCUAUUGUCGUCCAUCAGUUGCAUGGUUUUCUUUUCCCUGUACAAUUUCUUUCACCCUAGAGGCGCACAAGUGACAAGCCGGUCAGCGGUGACUUUGUCUGACCUAGGGUGCAAAGUAACGCGAAAGCUUGGACACGAGUGUGUCCCGGCUGUCAGCGUAGCAAGGUCAGUGGUACAACAGGGCUCCAAUUGCAAUUUCUCCAACCCUGGAGCAAGGUUCGGCUAAAUUCGCCUGAGCACUGGAGGUCCAAUGUCUCCAUUAGACGGCUGUUAAUUCAUACUCGUUUGUGUUAAUCGCUGCUAUCUUCCAGUCAAAUAUUAAAUUAACAAAUACAUAAAUUCUUCUAUUGAGUAACACUGGAAGUACUUUCAUGGGAGUUACAAUAAAUUCUCAAGCGAAUUUUAUACAGACGCUAUAAAAUAUUUAGUUCAUGCUUAUUGAAUAUGAAAACGGCCGACGGGCAGGGAACAAAUCCUGCUUUUAAAAAACACAAGACUAAAGAGAAAACCCUGUCGCACAUGAAAGGGUAAGUAGGCGGGUCGGACAUGACUGGCCUGCAUAUUGUAUUGCAUAGGGAAUUCGAAACAGACAUCGUCAAUACAGAAUUCAUAAACCGAAUGAAGCUGUCCACGUCAGAAAGGGUGAGAUGAGAGGACUCCAGACGCGAUCGGUCACAGUCCGUUUAGAGUCCAGCCGAGGAGAUGGCAUGAAAGGCUGCGGUGGUCAACUAAGCGUACAGGAAGAUGCGACUAUGACACUUCCUUACUGACCUACCAAACUACUACUACUUGCAAAUACUGAGAAUCCCGCCGUGAGCGUCGCCAUCAGGAACCGCGAAAAAUCAUCGCUGAAGAGGAGGAAUAGUAACAGUGGACUUAGUAACCAAUUAAAAUAGGGGGUUGUAAAAAUAUAAACAAGUUUCCACUCGAACUAGCAAAACAUGCAUUAUCUAUAAUAAAAUCACAGGUGAAGCCUUCCCAAAAUCAAGAAGUUGGGUCUUCGGGAAUGAAACGGCCAAUGUUGACUUAGUGCUUGCUGAUGUAAGGCGCUCACGCAAUGUCGAUUUGAAUGUCGAUAACUUAGGCGCUGACCUAAGUUCUGAUGAAAGACUUUUCCAAAGGAAAACAUAUGCGUAUGCAAAAAAGUGGGGGCAUUUGCAUUUAGUGAAAAUAGUCGACGGAUUCACCAUGGAGGAGUUGCGCGUGCAUAAAACCGACCAACCAGACUGAGAGCAUCAAUGCGCGGAAUAUUGGAGCUAGUGUUAAUGCGAAAAAGGAAGCAAAAGACAACUCCGAGUCUUCUAAUCCACAAAAACUUAGUGUCCGCCAAUUGACAUUUCUCAGCAUAAGAAAUAACGGAGGCAGCUUGAGAGAAGAGUUUGCCAGUAAAAACUCUCUGAAUAUCAGUACACGAGGUGGCGGGCGUACGUUGCUUUAGAUUAAUUCUCGUCGGACCAGUACAGUUAUAUGGAGACGGGGUAGAAGUAAAACAUGCCAAUGAUAAGAUAAAUCUAUUAAAGUUAGCCUUAAAACACAGGCGGGAUGUGGGAAUGUGGGCGAGGGGGGGGGGAGGGUAAUAGCAGUCAAUGUCAGGGACGAUGUGAGAGCGGGAGGGCGCUGAGAGUUACAGCGUUAGUUGACCUGCGACCAUUGUUUGCGCGGAGCCUGAACGCGGUUCUUCUGUGCGCAUAAGAUUGGCUUUCGUAGCCUACUGGCGGCCGCUUCCGCUGUCGCUAACUGACGUUGGCCUAUUAGCUUAGGGUAACUCGAUGGGACCUUAUAAAUCACACGAAAAUCUUUGUUGGGGUCCAUGCGAUGUCCGAAAUCCACAACAUGUGCGAGAAUGGCGCUGCUUAUGCUUCUCGCUUCGCCUUUUCUCAGCCAUGCCGGGAGGUGUUCCCGUAUUCUCAUGGAUAAGCACCGACUCAUGCGACCAAUAUAGCCUGCUCCAUCUGAGCAAGUAAAGGAAUAUAUGCAGAUUGAGGUGGUCUGCGGUAGCACCUUAUCCUUAGCUUCUCCGCGUAAAAUAGGAUUGGUAGAGAAUGAUAUUUAAGCCCUUGCUGCUGGGAAGGUUCGCGAGAAAGCUUGAUCAAGGCGUCCCCUCAGGGUUUCGCUCGCAGCUUCUCCUUGGCAAGGGACCUUGAGGAACAAAGUUUUCUUUUCAGCGGUCGGUGUUGCGUGUUUCAUCGAUUGUUCGGAUAUGUUCUUUGCAAUAAACCUGUCAGGAUACCCGUUUUCACGAAGGAAUUCCUGGAUUUUUCUGAGCUCCUCCUCGAUGCUAUCUGUUGAGCAACUUUUUCUAGCUAUUUGUACUACGCAUCGAACUAGAUUUCGUUUUUGUUGGAGGGGUGAGCAUCUGGCUGACCAGGUUUUCUUUCGAUAGACGCAAGUUCGGACACUCGCUUUAGGUUUUCUUCUUAGAAAAACAUCUAUGAAAGGGAGCGAACAUGCAGUUUUGAUCACCAGCGUGAAUUCGAUCGACGGAUUUGCCUGAUUUACCGCAUCCAAGAGGUUUGCCACGACGGUUUCUGCAGUGGCUAUUGCAAACAUAUCAUUGACAUAGUUACCGUAAUGUGUAAACGCUAAUAUCAUCGAUUUAAUGUCUGUCUUAGGCGUUUAUUAAACCAAAGAAAGGACUGUAGUACUCGAUGAGGGGAAGAAAAUACCUUUUAUAAAGUAGUAGCCUUAGUCCCGGAAGGAGAAAAUACUCUGAUAUGAUAUGACAGUGCAUUUCCCAGCAGUCUUUGCGCGCUCACCAUCUUCAUUUCAGCAAUGAGCUAGCUCAAAGGCUAGACAACCUUCCUAUCGCUGCCGCCGCCUAUGCUGCCGCUGCCGAGAACGCCUCCGUGGAGAACCGCUGGUGUCAACUGCGAGACACGGUCCAGUCGACGGGGCUAGCCGUCCUCGGUCGCGCUCCCCGCCAACACCGGGACUGGUUCGACGACCACGACGCCGCCAUCAGAAAUCUGCUCGCCGAGAAGAACCGCCUACACAAUGCCUACGUAGAUCACCCCACUGAAGACAACAAAGCUGCCUUCUACCGCAGUCGCCGCCAACUUCAGAAACGUCUGCGCGAGAUGCAGGACGCCUGGAUUGCUCACAAAGCUGAGGAGAUCCAACGGUACACGGACCGGAACGAAUGGAAGAACUUCUUCUUUGCGAUCAAAGCUGUCCACGGUCCGCCGACGAAGGGCACUGCUCCUCUCCUCAGCGCCGACGGCAACACUCUCCUAUCUGAGAAGAUGCAAAUCCUACAGCGAUGGGCCGAGCAUUUCCGAGGCGUCCUCAACCGCCCCUCCGUCAUCUCCGACGCCGCCAUCAAGCGUUUGCCGCAAGUGGAGACCAACGUGGACCUCGACCUACCGCCAUCUCUCCAGGAGACCAUCAGGGCCGUGCAGCAGCUCUCCAGCGGGAAAGCACCCGGAUCGGACGCAAUCCCUGUUGAGGUCUACAAGCACGGAGGUCCCCAACUGAUGGAUCACCUGACUGCGCUCUUCCAGGAGAUGUGGCGUCAAAGCUAA